AUGUCUUCUGAACAAAAAUAUCCCGGUUACGAAGAACUUACGUCAUAUUUGACGCGAAGCAGAGACAAAUCUUUUUGGGGCUUUCUACACCGUUGUCGAGACACAAUUGUCACUACCACUUCAGCUACUUCCCUUGGGCGGGACCUUGACAAGUCUUGGUGCGAUCAUUUUCUAGCCGAAGUAAAAGAACGAUUCAACCAAAAUGACUUUAAUAACAUUGAAAAACAGGUCAGUGAAGAUCGAAAACGUUAUAAUUUCGAAGAUUAUUGGAACGAUGUAGUUAAUGAGUGUAAAUUAAUAAAAAUGAAAGAAGAUGAGCUUACCAGAAUUUUGAAUAAACGGAAAAUACACCCCAAAGAUAGUUCAAAUUUAGAUGAAGAUUUGAUUACGCAAUCGUCCUCUGCAAUUGAAGAAGAAGAAGAUUUGAUUGCUAUGCAAUCGUCCUCUGCAAUUGAUGAAAAUUCGACUGCUAUGCAAUCGUCCUCCGCAAUUGAUAAUG